AUGAGUGCUCUUCCUAGCCUCUAUGACCACUUUGUCAAGCUGAUCAAAUAUUUGCUAGACAACAAGGAGGACGAUAGAGAUCACGUUGUAANUCUCUUCCAAGACAUGCUGGAAGUUGUAACAAGAGACAUUAUGAUGGAGGAUUACAAUAUAUCAAGCUUGGUAGAUUCGAGUCAUGGUGGCACUUGGCAUGGGGGAAUGAUCCCUCUCGAACAACAAUAUCAGCUGUUUGCAUCUUCAGGUGCCAUUAGAUUUCCUAUUAAACCAGUAACAGAAGCUUGGAAAGAGAAGGUUGUGCCAGAUUGGAUCAAACGGCUAUAUCUUUUGNUGACUACUAAAGAGUCUGCUAUGGAUGUCCCCUCUAACUUGGAAGCAAGAAGGCGGAUCUCUUUCUUCUCAAAUUCAUUGUUCAUGGACAUGCCUACGGCACCUAAAGUUCGCAACAUGCUAUCAUUUUCUGUUUUGACUCCAUAUUACACUGAAGAGGUCCUCUUCUCCUUGACUGACUUGGAAACGCCAAAUGAAGAUGGUGUUUCGAUCAUCUUUUACCUACAAAAGAUUUUUCCAGAUGAAUGGAACCAUUUCCUCGAGCGGGUAAAGUGCUCAAGUGAAGAGGAACUUAAAGAGUCUGAUGAAUUAGAGGAGGAACUUCGUUUAUGGGCUUCAUAUAGGGGGCAGACUUUGACUAGAACUGGAAUGAUGUACUAUCGAAAAGCAUUGGAACUUCAGGCAUUCCUUGACAUGGCUAUGCACGAAGAUUUGAUGGAAGGUUACAAGGCUGUUGAACUAAAUUCAGAGAACAAUUCAAGAGGCGAAAGAUCGCUCUGGGCACAGUGCCAAGCUGUUGCUGACAUGAAGUUUACAUAUGUUGUAUCAUGUCAACAAUAUGGUAUUCAUAAACGAUCCGGUGAUCCUCGUGCGCAGGAUAUAUUGAGGCUUAUGACAAGAUACCCUUCACUCCGUGUUGCGUAUAUUGAUGAGGUCGAAGAACCAGUGAAAGACAAGUCAAAGAAAGGGAACCAGAAAGUGUAUUAUUCUGUGUUGGAUUAUAAAUCUACCACUACUAUAAAUAAGUCUACCAUUGGGCGAACCAUCAAUAAGUCUACCAACCACUUAAUAAACCAAUCGCAAAUAAAUCUACCAUCACAUAAACGACAUUUUAUUUUUGAGGUACAAGAAUCGUUAGACUGGGAAACAAUGGCGAUGAUGAGCUUUUUGCUUCGGAUUUCAUCUCGAUCGUCCAUUCCAAAUCGGAUCAACGUCGCCGACCGUCUGAUCCUCCGCCAUCUCUGUGCCGGCGACCUUCGAGGAGCGAUCUCGGCUCUUGAUCAGAUGGCUCGGGAUGGGAUAAGACCCACCGACUCGGUCACUUUCUCUUCAUUCCUCAAGUCUUGUAUCCGAGGGCCACGCGAUUUUUGA